CACACACUCAGUCAGUCAGCAUGCUGUGUGUUCUCGUCCUCGCCCUGCUCGCCUCGGCCUCAGCGCAGCGGCUCUCCCGGGGAUGCGGCUCCUGUGACCGGACUCAGUGCGCUCCUCUGCCGGCUCAGGGCUGCUCCUCCGGGACGCUGCGGGACUCCUGCGGGUGCUGCGAGCUCUGCGCCGCCGCGGAGGGAGAGCCCUGUGGCGGGCGCGGAGUAUCGGCCAGGCGCUGCGGAUCCGGGCUCGAGUGCGUCAAGCCUGAUAAGAAGAGCAAAAGCGGGAUCUGCGUCUGCAAGAGCGGAGUCCCGGUGUGCGGAACCGACGGACGGAACUACAACAGCGGCUGCGCGCUCCGGGCGGCGAGUGCGCGCGCGCUGCAGGAGAAACAGCCGGAGAUCCGCGUGCACAACACGGGCAGAUGCGCGCAGGGGCCGGAGAUCGUGACUCCUCCAGGAGAGGUGUGGAACAUCACUGGAUCUCAGGUGUUCCUCAGCUGUGAAGCCAUUGGGGUCCCCACACCUGUGCUCACCUGGAGGAAGGUCUCGGGAGGCUCAGAAAAGCCUGUUCCUCUGCCCGGAGAUAAAGAUAAUCUGGCGGUGCAGACCCGUGGCGGCCCCGAGAAACACCAAGUCACCGGAUGGGUUCUGAUCUCACCGCUCACUAAAGCUGAGGACGGAUCCUACGAGUGCCACGCCAGCAACACACAGGGCGAAGCGUCCGCCGUGGGCUCCAUACAUGUGGUGGAAUCCAUCAGUGAUAUUCCUGUCCAGAUGGUGAAGGACAGCGAGCUGUAAGAGGACACACAGGACGAAGCACUGAACACACACACACACACUGAACUCACGCCGACAACACCAGCACACGGACACUUUACUCCAGGAGCAGUGCUGUGUUCAUGCUGUAUUUCUCUACCUCCUGCAUCUGCCCGCAGGACGCUCUGAAAAACACCAACAUCAGACGGACUCUCCCAGACACAGCAGUAAACACACGUCUCCCUGUACACUUCAUAGGGAACAUCAUAACAUUUAUCUCAGCUGAACACUUAUCAGAUGCAGGCUUUGCUUCUCUUACACACACACACACACGCGCACACACACACUUGUUUUUUUCUUUCAGCUGAUGUUGUCUAUGGUGCUGAACAACUUCCUGAAGCAUCAGCUGUAUCUCUAAUGUUUAGAUGCUGUUCUUUAAAGCCUUACAGGGUAAAUGUUUUAUAUACUACUACCACAUUUAAACUUUACACUUACACCAAGUAAUUCUAUUGAAAGUUCUGUUAAAAACUGAACAAAAUAAAAAUGUUAAAUAUGAAAUAUAGAAUGAUGUGAAUGGGGGAAACCUUUUAUAUUUGAUUUAGAGUUCUCAAUUGUAUUUAGAGUAAAUCUUUAAAUUCUUGAAAUGUUUUAAGAACUAAGAUCUCGUUUAUAAAGGCUCUUUCCUAAAUUGAGUGUCAUUUUAGAGCUUUGAGCAUCUGAUGCGUUGAUAUGUGUACAUCACUCCUGAAUAAAGAUGUCAAGUUUG